AUGCCUCCGCGGCAUCCCAACCCCAGCCGCCAGGUGAGCAACACGGGCCUCCGGCACCCGCACGAAUGCAGCCGCGCCCGGGUCUGCCCGAUGCCAGCGUCCACCGAGGACAAAGCCUGUCCUCGACGUCUGCGAGAUGGGCGACUCUGCGCUGCCACCGCGGCUUGCACGGCGGCCAGUGCCCUGGCAGUUUCCCAGCCAUUGGUCCUUGGGGCCAAUCUCUUCCAGAGAAGGAUGGCAGAAAAAGAAGAUGAGAAAGUACAACGUGACUACAGUCCAGAUCUUUGUCUCCAAAGGUUUGAGAUCCUUGCUCGUCACAAGGUUCUCUAUGAAAAAGAAAUACAUAAGCCAUCCAGCUUGAACAGUAUUUUAAAGACUGCUCCAACAAAAGUUAGAAAAGAAGACAGCAUACGAAAAAGAACCCUGGAUGUUCUGUUAUAUAAAAAUGUGAGAGAUAUUCUGGCUACUUGUGAAGCUGGCGAAGAACUUUACAAUCUCAACAUAGAACUGUCUAAAGGCUCUCUUGCACCGGAUUUUUCAGCAUGUCGUAUAUAUUGGAAGACUACUGGUAACAUAGAACAAGAUGACCAUAUUGAUAAGAUUCUGCAGCAGAGUGCUCGACGUAUAAGACACAUUCUGAUUAAAAAUCAGGUCCUGGGAACUGUUCCUCCAAUAGUAUUUGUUAGAGACAAAGCAGAUGCCAUGGUGCAAGAGGUUGAGAGGUUAUUGGCAGUUGCAGAUUUUGGGCCUGCAGAAGAAGAAAACGAAUUGGAUGAAAAUGAUUUCAGGUAGAUUAAAAAAAAAAUGCCGAUCCAGUUAAGAGUGUC